UGACUUCUUUGCUUUGCCUUUUUGUACUCCUACUCCAGAAUUCCAAGGCUACACCGUCACGGGAUCAAAGAUUACAAGUUUUAAGUGGACGAGCACGUGGUCUGCAUGUGCUUUUCCUGUUUACAAAAGAGGGCAGAGUUCACAGCUUCUACUUCCCGGUGUUUUAAAAUACUUGGUGACGACCGGACGUAUUUCGCGAUUUAGCCUUCGGGAGAUCAGAAGUUGUAAGACUUGUUAAGUCAGUGGCCCACGUGGUUGAUUUUAUACAUGUCUGCCCAAAGUGGUGACAGCGCCGACAUGAGCGCCCUCCCCUUCCUCAGGCUGCUGGUGGCCGGGGUCUCCACCCUGACCCUUGUACCGCUGGCUUCUCUCGUCUACUUCUACAACACCAAACCGGAGAUCAUCAUCAGGGCGAUCAGGAAGGCCGUGAUAUGGCGGGCAGGUCUCACCGUCAGGUUUGUGACGGUAGAAGGUUAUAGACUGGCCUAUGCCGAGAGGGGCCGUCCUAGCGACACACAACCGUCCGUCGUUUUCCUUCACGGCUUUUCCACGUCUAAGGACACUUGGGCAAAUUUUAUUAAGGCUCUUCCUCAAAAUCUGCACAUCAUACCGUUAGACCUGCCCGGCCAUGGUGAGUCCGACAGGAACCCUGGCCAGGAUCUGUCUAUGGAGGGCAUGGCCAACACCUUACAUAGGUUUGUGUGUGCCGUUGGUCUCGACCGAAAACCGUUCCACCUGGUGGGCACGUCCAUGGGCGGCGGGAUAGCCGGGCUGUAUGCUGCCGCCUACCGGUCAAACAUCGCACUGCUCACGCUCUUCUGUCCACUCGGAGUGGUGACCCCUGUACACAGCCGUAUGAUGAGGGCAUUCCUGGAGGGUAGGAACAUGCUCGUGCCCAAGACGCUGGACGACUUCCGAGAAAUGACAGAAAUCAACUCCUAUAGAUACAAGAUCGGCAAACUCAAGCUCCCCGAUAAGCUCCUGUACUGUGCACUGGCUGACAGGGCGCCACACAACGACUUUUUCCAAAAGUUGUCUGAUGAACUGGGGAGAAAAGAGAAAUGGGACGUGUUGCAAAGGAGCAUGGGAAAUAUUUCUGCACCUACACAUGUGAUCUGGGGACGAGAGGAUGACGUAUUGGACGUCUCUGGUGCAGAAGUUGUCCGGGAGGGAGUGCCGAACUGCCGGCUGGACAUCCUUGAUGACUGCGGUCACGUCUUGGUGAACGAGAAGACUCGACAGGCGGUGGCCGUCUUCAUCGACUUCAGAGAAGGAGUUCUGAACGGGUAUAAGAAAUAAGAAGUACUUGAUGAAGCGUACAUGUGGCUAGUAUUUCCGCGAAUGAAUAGUUCAAAUCGUCGCAUUGAGGAUGCUAUGUGAAUGAGAAACUCUAGAAAUGAUGUCUAUUUUCAAAUCGGGCCAGGAACCGCGAGGAGGGUUUGAAAGUCACGUUUGGGACCGAAUUCCUCUCACUGCAGCGCCACCUAGCAGUGGGAAGCAGUAUUGCCAGGAGAAAGGUUACCAUAGAAGAUCGUUGGCAGAUGAAACCUUU